UCAACAGCAGCAGCCACCUCAUCACCAAUUUACACCACACUGUCAAGUCCAUCUACUACAUCAACAAUUUCCAGCAGUCAGUCCACACUACCAUCCACCACAUCAACAAUUUCCACCCCUGAGUCAACAGCAGCAUCCACCAGUCAGUCAACACUUCCAUCUACAACAUCAACAGUUUCCACGACUGAUUCAACACCAGCCCCCACCACAUCACCAAUUUACACCACUCCGUCAAUUCCAUCAACAGCAGCCGCCACCUCAUCACCAAUUUACACCACACUGUCAAGUCCAUCUACUACAUCAACAAUUUCCAGCAGUCAGUCCACACUACCAUCCACCACAUCAACAAUUUCCACCCCUGAGUCAACAGAAGCAUCCACCAGUCAGUCAACACUUCCAUCUACAACAUCAACAGUUUCCACGACUGAUUCAACAGCAGCCCCCACCACAUCACCAAUUUACACCAAUCCGUCAAUUCCAUCAACAGCAGCCGCCACCUCAAUACCAAUUUACACCACACUGUCAAGUCCAUCUACUACAUCAACAAUUUCCAGCAGUCAAUCCACACUACCAUCCACCACAUCAACAAUUUCCACCCCUGAGUCAACAGCAGCAUCCACCAGUCAGUCAACACUUCCAUCUACAACAUCAACAGUUUCCACGACGGAUUCAACACCAGCCCCUGCCACAUCACCAAUUUACACCACACCGCCAAAUCCAUCUACUACAUCAACAAUUUCCAGCAUUUCCACCAUUCAGUAUGUAUCAGUUUCACCCAAAUCAAAUGUUACUACCAGUCAGUUAGGAAGUGCAGCUACCACCCUAAGAACAGUACAAUCUACCACAUCAACACAUCUACCACUUUUUACCAACCAGUCAUCAGUUAAAGCCUAUUUAUCAACAUUUAAUAGCUACAACAGAUCAACAGCUGGAUCCAGUACAGCAAGCUCUUCUGUAAAGGCAUCUUCAUUUUCUCCUUUGUCUGAAAGUACCAAUUCUUCAGUAACAGCCCAACCUGCCAUUGUAAUUCUUCGAGUCUCAGCUUUGAUUUCAGAAGCUAUGAGUAAUGAAGUUGAGAAGAUCAUCUUACAGAAGAUUCAAGAAUUGGUGACUAAUGUCAACCCCUCAGCUGUAGUUUCCAAGAUAUCAAUAUCACUAGCCUGAAUAAAAUCAUAAGAAGACACUAAGAGAAAAAGAAAAUGUUACUUACUUUCAAUUCUGAGAACAGAGUUCAUGCAUCAAGAAUGGAAGAAUAGACUUCUGCACUGGAUCUUUGUUCCAGAGAAAACUGCCAUACAACCUUGAAGGGUCACUCUUCCAUUAUACAGUCUAUGCUGGGUGAUGUGAUGUUAGGUCAGGUAUACUUCAACACCAAU